AAGAGUUGGUUCUUUCGAGAAGUAUCUAUAAUGUCAUAUUUCAUCUUUUGGAUGCACGAAUUUAUGGACAACAUGUCAUCACCAUGGCCAACGGAGAUGCUAGCAAUAAUUCCAGUAAAGAAAACACUAUAGAUAUGAAGCUCCGUUACGAGAUUUCUGAGAGUAAUACAUGGUCUUCCACUGUUUCUGCUAAACUCGGUGUACAGACAACAAUUCAAACGGGUAUUCCACUGAUUGCAGAGGGAAAAAUUGAAAUGUCUGCGGAGUUUUCUGGUGAAUAUACAUGGGGUAAAACGAAAUCAAAAUCAUCUGAGAUAGAGACCGUUUACACUGUAACCGUGCCACCCAUGUCUAGGGUGAGAGUGAGUCUACUCGCAACAAAAGGUCAAUGCGAUGUCCCAUAUUCGUAUACUCAACGUGACACUCUUAUGAAUGGGGACCAAGUGACUAAUUAUUACGAUGAUGGAAUUUAUACGGCCGUCAAUUGCUACAACUUCAAAUAUGAGACUAAGCAAGAGCCGCUGUAAGGUGUUUGCUUUGCGCUGGUAUAAGUAUUUGGGUUGACACCAAUCAUUCUCUCUUAGUUAUAAUCUAGGAGGGUUGGCUUGAAAUAAGGUUAUCAACCAUUAUAAAUAAGAUUGGUGGAACCCAAAUAUGAUCUUUUAUGGUUUAUAUGUUCUCUAAUGUCACAAUAGUGACAAAAAAUUACCGUCUUUUUUCAUUGCAAUAUAUGUAUCGUAUAAGAAA